AGGAAUUGAAUAAAAUUGAAAAAGACAAUGAACAACUAAGAUAUGAAGCGAAAGUAGCGAACGAUCGUAUAACAAGUCUCGAAAAGGAGCUCCGGGAAGCUAAACUACAUAUAUAUAAGUUAGAGAAUGAUAGGUUAGCCGUUAAAGGACAAAACGGACAACGUCAUCCUGCUGUUAAGAACCUCAUAGAAGCUGUACAGUCACUUGUGAAAGCAACCGACGGCGAUGACUACGAAGUCUUAGACAAAGUUGAUCAAGAGGAGGCAGCUCUUACAGAUGAUGAUGAUAAUGAUAACGAGAGUAAUUGAUGUACAUAAUUAUUUAUUUAUUACCGCUUUUAGUUUCUCCUUUACUUCUUACUUAACAAAUGUCAUCAUCAAACGCGACCGAAAGACUGAAAGAGGUACUCAAAAGGGAAGAGAACAAGAAAUGCGUUGAUUGUAAUGCACCACAACCACAAUGGGCGUCACUUAACAAUUGCGUAUUCUGUUGCUUGGAAUGUUCCGGCAAACAUAGAGGUCUGGGUGUACACAUUUCAUUCGUGAGAUCCACCAACAUGGACGCUUGGAAAGAUGAACAAAUUGGAAGAAUGGAGUUGUUUGGAAAUGGCAAAUUUAGGGAAGUCAUCGAGAAAUCAUCCACGCUCUCACAGUCUACGCCAAUCGAAGAGAAGUACACUUCGGAAGAAGUCGAAAAGUACAGAGAAGAAAUAAACGCGAUAGCGGCGGAGAAAGGCUUAUGGUUACCAGCUCAAUCACCUGCAACUACACGUACCAAUAGCGAUAAUAGUACUCAAACGAGAAGAAGAAGGAAGGAUGAGGUAGCUGCUGCGACUGGUGGGGCCGCGAUAGCCGCAGGUGCAACUGCAGAAGCUACAUCUAAUGUAGAUUUACCAAGUACAGCCAAAAAUGAAGAAUACUUUGAAAAACUCGGCAGAGCCAAUGAAACAAGAUCAGAGGAAUUGCCGCCAUCGCAAGGUGGAAAAUACACUGGAUUCGGAAAUGCGCCUGCACCAAAAUCAGCUUUGAGUUCAGAUAAUGUACCAACUGUUGACGAAUUGAGAGAAAAUCCAAUGGAAGCAGUCACAAAGGGCUGGGGUUUGUUUAGCUCAGCUAUUGGCGGUGCAGCCAGUGCGUUCAGGAGUACAGUCGAUGACAAACUUUCAGAUCCUAACAUUGAGAGCGAUUUACAAGGUUAUAAAGACAAUUUGUCUUCUUACUGGAACAAAGCAACGGAAUACGGAAAUGCAGCAAACGAAUGGACAAAAAAAGAACUAGAGAAGCAAUUUGGUAAUCAAGCUAGUGGUAGUGCUAACAAAUAUUGAAUGUAAAAAUUUUGUAGAAU